AUGGAGGAGCCUUGCCGCGCACCAGGGGAGGAGCCGAGAGCGCCGGGCAAAGGAUUGGGGACAGGGGCGGGGGAGGGGGAAAGGGAGGAGGGGAAAGGGAGGGAGAAGGAUGGGAAGAGAAGGUGGGGAGAUGGGGGUUUGAGUAAGAACACGAGUGGAAAGAAGGGUGGGGAAGGCGGAGGGGGAGAGAGGGAAAGGGUGGUGGGCGUAAAAGUGGAGGAAGUUGCGUUUGGAGGGGGGGCCUGCAGGGCGAGGCGCCGGAGUUGGAGGGUUGGACGAUGGUCAUUGGGCGGGAAAAGCGGACGCCGCCGUCGAGAUUUCGAUUCGGCGCUAACUGUAAUGAAAAGGUGUAAGUGCACCGCGUUCUGUCGUUGGAAGCCUCAUACAGUGCCCCGGCCUAAGCGCCCUAUUUCGCACCUCUGUGUAAGGCGGCACGCAUCCGGCCAAUGGCACCUCUAUCAGAAACUGUAA